AUGUCCGUGAUAAUGGGAGAUGCUUCCUGGAGGCUAGAGACCGAGAGUGAGGGAGACGGAAGAGGAUCUCUGAGCAGGCGGGUCGAACGUAUACUAGCGCUCCCUGAAAUAAAGUUGGAAAUUGUGUGCGCAGAUUCGCACGAAGCAGUAGAGACUGUGCACCAGCCAAACUCGACUCAUACCUCCUCACCUGAUGAGAGAACUCGAAACACAGGGCUGUGGACCUACUUGAUGAGUGGAGCGGGCAGGAAGAAAGCAAGACACGUGAUAUCCACCAUACGCGUACGGCGUAGCGCUCUCCCAUCCUCAUCUGACCCGAAUCCUUCCCCGCAAACAAGGCUGCAGCCUACACCCACCCUGCUCAAACUCCCGCCGCCUACUUCGGCCCAUCCAUCCCGCCCGUCCUCCUCACCCUCAGAGUGGCAAGCAUCCUCAGCUGGACAGGGGACACAUUCCCAUACCUAAAUGCUCCUUCCUAGUCCUCGGAGUCAUAGCAUACACAAAACGAUUACAUUUGGGGGCUAUGAUUGGGCCUCAACAGUCUUAAGUGAACGUUCUGUGGCGUAGUUCCCGAGCCGCGGAGAGCGCUG